CAUCCUGAAAAGAACUUACAUCAUUUCCUUGAGUGUUUUUGAUCAAACAGCUCCAUCGCACGGGGAAUUGAGUGGUGGUAAACAACGGGUUGUGGUUUUUUUUUUUGCACUUUUGCAUCUCCAACAAACAGAGAGGGCCUGCAGCUAACACAAACAUGUCGCACACAAUUUUGCUUGUCCAACCGACCAAGAGACCAGAGGGCCGCACAUAUGCUGACUAUGAGUCGGUGAAUGAAUGCAUGGAAGGUGUUUGCAAAAUGUAUGAAGAGCAUCUGAAGAGGAUGAAUCCCAACAGUCCCUCCAUCACUUAUGAUAUUAGCCAGUUGUUUGACUUUAUUGACGACUUGGCAGAUCUGAGUUGUCUUGUGUACAGAGCGGACACUCAAACAUACCAACCAUACAACAAAGACUGGAUUAGAAAGAUAUAUGUCCUGCUGCGACGUCAGGCUCAGCAGGCGGCAAAGUAGAGGUGUCGGUGACAGGUUGUCCUGCUACACACACACAGGAGUUUACGCUGCACUACAAUUACACAGCGUCUCAUUGAUCUGUGUAUAAGGACAACACUGUACGUUUGACAAGGGGUUGUUUGCAUAAUACAUUAUACAUCAGGAAAAGAGGGGUUUUUGAAAAAUGGGAAGAAGCGUUAAAUUUUGGGCUUUAUACUGAACAUGAGCCAUUCUUGGCAGUAUAGGUAUGUUUGUAUUUUGUUACACUGUCAUGAGAAAAUGGGCUGAUGACUACAAGGACUAACUUAUUGAUUGAGAGAUAUCCCUGCUUGAAGAAACUCUCCACAAGCCAGAUCAAAGCAUUUAUUUGUUUGUCAAACUUUAAUAUUCUGCUUCCCUAAAAGUUGUGACCUGUUUUUGUUUAUAUAUAUAUAUAUAUAUAUAUAUAUAUAUAUAUAUAUAUAUAUAUAUAUAUACUUGGCUGUUGUAUUUGAGCAUGCUGUGGACUUUACAUACAGCUGAUUUUUUUUAAAGGUGUGAAUACUGAUGCCCACAUUAAACCAACUCAUUCCAGGAGAAUAAUUUUCAACAUUUCAUCUGUUGUUGUUAAACCCCGGUGAUGUGAAAUUAUGUUUUUGUAAACAUUUUGUUUGUUUAGCAUCAGAUUUAACUUUCCUGCUUUCUUUCAUUUAAAGUAAAUAAAACAUUGUUUUCUGA